UUCUUCCGGCGUUCUGUGUGCUGCCCUGGAAACCGUAUGGACGAAUCCAAACCUGGAGGGGCUCCACCUCCGUAAGGCUGGUCGGCGCUUCCGCGCGUUCCGCUUUGCUUCACUGCUUUCUCCCCUAUUCUUGGGAAUGUGGACCUGUCCUGAGGCAGAGGCCGAGAUGCGCGCAACCGCGGGAGCAGCCAAGAGGACUCGAGUCUUUCUUGACUUACCUACCAGGAGCUAGAGAUGCUAUUAUUCUACUGUAUGUGAGAAAUCGGCCCAGAGAUGGAAAACUUUAUUCUGUAUGAGGAGAUUGGAAGAGGAAGCAAGACUGUUGUCUAUAAAGGGCGACGGAAGGGAACAAUCAAUUUUGUAGCCAUUCUUUGUACUGAUAAGUGCAAAAGGCCUGAAAUAACCAACUGGGUCCGUCUCACCCAUGAAAUUAAACACAAGAAUAUUGUAACUUUUCAUGAAUGGUAUGAAACCAGCAAUCACCUCUGGCUAGUGGUGGAACUCUGCACAGGUGGUUCCUUAAAAACAGUUAUUGCUCAAGAUGAAAACCUCCCAGAAGAUGUUGUGAGAGAAUUUGGGAUUGACCUGAUUACUGGAUUACAUCAUCUUCACAAACUUGGCAUUCUCUUCUGUGACAUUUCUCCUGGGAAGAUACUCUUGGAAGGGCCUGGCACACUAAAGUUUAGCAACUUUUGCUUGGCAAAAGUGGAAGGUGAAAAUUUGGAAGAGUUCUUUGCUUUGGUGGCAGCAGAGGAAGGAGGAGGUGACAGUGGGGAAAAUGUCCUGAAGAAAAGCAUGAAAAGUAGAGUCAAAGGAUCUCCUAUAUAUACAGCACCAGAAGUUGUGAGGGGUGCUGACUUUUCCAUCUCCAGUGACCUCUGGUCUUUGGGCUGUCUGCUUUAUGAAAUGUUUUCAGGAAAACCUCCAUUCUUCUCAGAAAGUAUUUCAGAAUUAACAGAAAAGAUCUUAUGUGAAGAUCCUUUGCCACCUAUUCUGAAAGAUUCUUCUCGUCCUAAAGCUUCUUCAGAUUUUAUUAAUUUGCUUGAUGGGUUACUUCAAAGAGAUCCUCAAAAAAGAUUAACUUGGACAAGGCUACUGCAGCAUUCAUUUUGGAAGAAAGCUUUCGCUGAAGCAGAUCAGGAAUCAAGCAUGGAAGAUCUCAGUCUCAGCAGAAACACAAUGGAGUGUUCUGGGCCACAAGAUUCCAAGGAGCUUUUGCAGAACGCUCAGAGUAGACAAACAAAAGGGCACAAGAGUGGUCAACCACUAGGUCACUUUUUCAGACUAGAAAAUCCAACUGAGUUUCGGCCUAAGAGUACUCUUGAGGGUCAGUUGAAUGAAUCCAUGUUUCUUCUCAGUUCUCGUCCUACUCCCAGAACUAGCACUGCAGUGGAAGUAAGUCCUGGUGAGGAUAUGACUCAUUGUUCACCACAGAAGACUUCUCUGACCAAGAUUGCAACUGGACACCUGAGUCAGCAGGACCUGGAAUCCCAGAUGAGAGAGCUUAUCUACACAGACUCAGAUCUUGUUGUCACCCCCAUUAUCGACAAUCCAAAGAUAAUGAAACAGCCACCAGUUAAAUUUGAUGCAAAAAUAUUGCAUCUACCAGCAUAUUCAGUGGAUAAGUUAUUAUUUCUGAAAGACCAAGAUUGGAAUGCCUUUUUGCAACAAGUGUGCUCGCAGAUCGACUCCAAUGAGAAGAGCAUGGGGGCCUCCCGAGCCAAGCUGAAUCUCCUUUGCUAUUUGUGUGUGGUGGCUGGUCACCAGGAGGUGGCCACCAGGCUCCUCCAUUCCCCCCUGUUCCAAUUGCUAAUCCAGCAUUUGCGGAUUGCUCCAAACUGGGAUAUACGGGCCAAGGUUGCUCGGGUGAUUGGUUUACUGGCUUCGCACACAACUGAGCUCCAGGAAAAUACACCUGUUGUUGAGGCAAUUGUUCUCUUAACUGAAUUAAUUAGGGAAAACUUCAGGAACAGUAAAUUAAAACAGUGCCUUUUACCAACCCUUGGGGAGCUGAUCUAUCUUGUAGCCACCCAGGAAGGAAAAAAAAAGAACCCUAGAGAGUGCUGGGCUGUUCCCUUGGCUGCAUACACAGUGCUAAUGAGGUGCCUUCGGGAAGGGGAAGAGCGUGUUGUGAAUCACAUGGCAGCAAAAAUUAUUGAAAAUGUCUGUACCACCUUUUCUGCUCAGGCCCAGGGCUUUAUUACAGGAGAAAUCGGACCCAUUUUGUGGUACCUAUUCAGACACUCCACUGCCGAUUCUCUUAGGAUAACAGCAGUAUCGGCCUUGUGUAGAAUCACUCGCCAUUCUCCUACUGCCUUCCAGAAUGUUAUUGAAAAGGUGGGACUGAACUCAGUAAUAAACUCCCUGGCCUCUGCCAUCUGCAAAGUUCAGCAGUACAUGUUGACCUUAUUCACUGCCAUGUUGUCCUGUGGGAUUCAUCUUCAAAGACUAAUACAAGAAAAGGAUUUUGUCUCCACAGUUAUCCGUUUACUUGACAGCCCCUCAACAUACAUUAGAGCAAAAGCCUUCCUGGUUCUUCUAUAUAUUUUGAUUUAUAACCGUGAGAUGUUGCUGCUCAGUUGCCAAGCAAGACUGGUGAUGUACAUCGAGAGAGACAGCAGAAAGACCACUCCAGGCAAGGAGCAACAAAGUGGCAAUGAAUACCUGUCCAAGUGUCUGGAUCUUCUCAUCCGUCACAUCGUGCAGGAGCUGCCACGAAUCCUGGGUGACAUUCUUAACGCCUUGGCUAAUGUUUCUGGACGUAAACACCCAUCAACAGUUCAAGUGAAACAGCUGAAGAUGUGUCUCCCCCUGAUGCCUAUAGUGCUUCACCUUGUAACUUCACAGGUAUUUCGACCUCAAGUUGUGACAGAAGAGUUUCUUUUCAGCUACGGAACUAUUCUUAGUCAUAUUAAAUCUAUAGACUCAGGAGAAACGAACAUAGAUGGAGCCAUAGGACUGACAGCAUCAGAAGAAUUUAUCAAGAUCACGUUGUCAGCUUUUGAAGCAAUAAUACAGUAUCCUAUUUUACUGAAAGACUAUCGCUGCACGGUUGUUGAUUAUAUCCUGCCACCCUUGGUGUCCUUGGUUCAAAGCCAAAAUGUGGAGUGGAGACUCUUUAGCUUGCGGUUGCUCUCAGAAACCACAUCUCUACUCGUGAACCAGGAGUUUGGGGAUGGCAAGGAGAAGGCCAGUGUCGAUUCUGACAGCAAUCUUCUGGCUCUCAUUCGAGAUGUGUUACUUCCCCAGUAUGAGCACAUUCUUGUAGAACCUGACCCAGUACCAGCCUAUGCUCUGAAACUGCUAGUCGCGAUGACUGAACACAACCCAACCUUCACAAGACUUGUGGAAGAAAGCAAACUGAUCUCACUCAUUUUUGAAGUAACUCUGGAACAUCAAGAGAGCAUUCUGGGUAAUACCAUGCAAAGUGUGAUUGCGUUACUCAACAAUCUAGUUGCCUGCAAAGAUUCGAAUAUGAAACUACUUUAUGAACAAGGACUUGUCAGUCACAUCUGUAACCUGCUCACUGAAACUGCCACACUGUGCUUGGAUGUGGACAAUAAAAACAACAAUGAAAUGGCAGCUGCACUGCUCUUUUCCCUGCUUGAUAUUUUGCACAGUAUGCUGACCUAUACCUCCGGUAUUGUACGACUGGCUUUGCAGGCCCAGAAGUCUGGCUCAGGAGAGGACACUCAGGCUGCAGAAGACCUGCUGCUGCUCAGCAAACCUUUAACAGGCCUGAUUAGCCUGCUCAUUCCGCUGCUUCCUAAUGAAGAUCCUGAGAUUUUUGACAUUUCAUCCAAGUGCCUGUCUAUACUGGUUCAGCUGUAUGGAGGGGAAAACCCAGACAGCCUCUCUCCUGAAAAUGUGGAAAUUUUUGCUCAUUUGCUGACAUCCAAGGAGGACCCAAAGGAACAGAAGCUUCUGUUAAGGAUUCUCAGAAGAAUGAUCACCUCCAACGAGAAGCACUUGGAGAGCCUCAAGAAUGCGGGCAGCCUCCUGCGGGCUCUGGAGCAGCUGGCCCCCAGGAGUGGUUCAUUUGCUGACAGCGUGGUGGCUCCCUUGGCCCUGGAAAUCCUCCAAGCUGUUGGACACUAGGCAAGAAAGUGCUUCGCACAAGCCCACCCUGUGACCCCAGCCCUCGGAUGCACAAGCGAGGUCCGCUCCCAGACACCUUUGCCACGUCCCCUCACAGCUGUAUUUGGACCUAAUAAAGUCAGCUGAACCCAGAACCUGGUGGCCCAAGUGCUCACUAACCCCAGGGCCUAGAAAACUGACUCAGAAUGGACUUCCUCGGUUCCUGUGGAAUGCAUCUGGGAAGCCCAGGUUUGUUAGCUGUUCUCAGAAAUGUCCUUUCCCUCUCUGUGUGGGCCAGGUGGGCUAAGGUUAGCACUGCCUGUGGUAGUAAAGCAGUGGAUGCGAAGCACAGUCCUCAGCCUGCCAGCAUCUGUGAGCAUCUCUCCUCUCCUCAGGGAAGAGCAGAAGGGCGGACCAGGCAGGAAUGCUCUCCCAGCCACAGCUCCAGAGUAAGCCUUUGGAAGCUAAUCUCUGAGCCUCUUGUCUUCUCCCCUUUUACAUGCCUGGCUUUUGUUCAUUUCAGGAGCAAACUGAUCCCAAGAAUCCUGGGGAGGCCUAGGUAAGACUCACUGACCAGCACAGAUAGUGAAAAGUUUGCCUAAAGGAAUGCAAAAUGCUCAAGAACACUGGCUUCCUUGAAGGUUUUCCCAUCUAGAUGGGAUGAUGGCAUCAGGGUACAAUCAUUUCCCCCAACUUCUGCCACUUGAUCCCGUAUCUGCCUCAUGUUCCCUCUCACAUAUGCCUUAGAACCUCCUACGUAAGAGUCAGUCAAGCCCAUGGCAGUAUUUGGUGGAUACUGUGGAAGUACGUUGGGACUGCUGUACUGGGCAGGCUUACUCCUGAAUCUGGACUGGGUAGGUAGGGGUGGGCCCUGGGCAGCUCUGACCAGAUGGGUAUGUUGAGGUAAUGCCUUGGCCUUUCUGGGGCCUCAUUUUCCCCAUCUGCAAAAUGAAAAGGCUACACUGAAUCAGUGGCUGCCAACCCUUUUCCCAGCUCCAGUGCUCUGGUGCUGCUGCUUAGGGGAUUUGCCUUCUAACACUGCCCAGAUGGAUUCUGUCCCAGGCAGUGGCCAUGUUGGCCCACAGUUGGCCCCAUCUACUGCAUCUCAGGAAGCUGGUCAUGCUGUCAUCAACAGCCCCUCUGACACAGUAAUCUGGGUAGUUUGACAGUUUCCAUUUGACAUUACCUUUGAUGCAGCUGUGCACAGAACUGUUGUUUUCAUUGUAAAGCAUUUCAUUGCAGCCCAGCCAGAAGCAUCCUCAUCAGCACCUCAUUACUUAAUGAGGUUCUCGGGUCAGUUCUGUGAACACAGGGCAGACAUCAUCCCUGUGUUAUAGUUCAGAUAUGGUUUCAUGGCUUUACAAUGAAAACAGUUCUCUGCACCACUGCACCAAAGGGAAUGUCAAUUACCUUAUGUAAUCCCCACCACAACCUGCAAAGCAAGCCGCCUUAGUUUCAUUUCAUUGAUGAGAAGACAGACUCAGAGGAGCCGUUUUCACUUGCCCAAGGCCCCACAGCUUGGCUGAACCCAGGACUCUGACUCCAUACCCUGUGUUCAUCCCCUAAUGGGGUGCACAAAGCUUGGGCUGUGACUGAUUGGGAUAUGAGAGUGUGCCCUCGAAGAGCGUGACCCAGGAACAGGCAGCUUCAUUGGACCUCGCAUAGCCUACUCACUGCCCAUGGUGGGGAGGCUUCACGAUUUAAGUCCUCCUGGGCGGUGUGCUCAUCACCAGCUGUGUGUGCCCAUGUGGCCCUGGCCUGGCUGGUUUUGCCUGCAUUUCUGGGAGUGAGUGGGGAGUACUUGAUGGAGCAGCCAGAGGCUUGGUUCUCAGCUCUAGUGGCUUUGCCUGCUGGAUACAGGAACAGGUUCAGGUUUGUUUUCUUUGCCAUCUCCCUUUAGUUCUUAGGUGGGGGAACGCCCGUGGGGUUCUGGGUCUGGAGUCCUGUCAAGGUAGUUCAGAGCAGUGGAAGAUUCUUCUUCCUUUUCCCCUUUUCACUUGAGCGAGGAGGAGCCUUUGCUGUUUGACAGAGAAGAGGAAACUCUUACUAUUCCAGAGCCAUUUUGUUCAGUGGACCACUCCUGGCCCUGGGCCCCAGUGUUGCCUAUCUGGGGAAAAGCUUAUCUGGAUCAGCAGGGACAAGGAGAUGAUGGUCCCAAGCAGAGCUCACUGCCCUGCCAAACGUGCCGGGUCACUAAAGUUAGUCCAUGCCAAGCCUUGUACCCUGGUGAGGCUGUGUCCUGGAAGAAAGGUGCCUAUGGAAAGCAGCAGCCUAGGUCCCUUUGAGUUCAGAGGUAGGGGAUAUGAGCAGCCUGGUUGGGCAGAGGGCAGCUUGUAGUAGUAACCCUUCCCUGCCCUCCCCAGGCCUGUACCUUAGUAUUUGGCAUGCCUAAGUGGCUCCAUUCUGAGAGCAGAGCUGACCCCUCAGCUCUUAGGAUUCUGGCAGUGGCAAGGGGCCCACCCCUCCUAGCCCUCUCCUUCCCUCCAUCCCCAAGCGUCAGCUAUUUGCUCAUUAGCUACAAUCCACUGGCUGUCUUCAGGGAUAAAUGGUGUCACUGAAGUCACAGAGGUGAGAGGCGAAGGAGGUGACAAGCAAUAGUGCACAGAGGAGGCUCAGGUGAGUGGCUGCACACAGGACUAUACCUCUCUCUCCACUAACAGCAAGCCCUAAGUUCCAAGACCUUGCCUUAGCUUACAGCCGAGUGUGCAUCCCCAUUAAGCUGUCCCUCUGUGAAGCACCAUUUGGGGUAACUGUGGUCACAGGUGCCCCGAAAGGUGCUGAUAAUCACUCGUGGCACUUGAGUCGGUGGAAUGCAGCAACAAUUUACUCUUAUGAUUCUUUGCAGUUUAUCUUUUCAAGUUUCUCCUAUUAGCUAAUGAGGUUCUCAGGUCGGUUCUGUGAACACAGGGCAGGCAUCAUCCCUGUGCUAUAGUUGAGAAAAUGGGGGCUCUGGUGGCUAAGGCUCUUGUACAAGGUGAUAUGAGAGGAAUCUCCCUCACCAGGUCUCUCCUGUCUCCACCUGAAGCAAGAUGCCCUUUUUCUUUCCCCGGCAACAGAAAAAUGCAACGUAGAAUAUAAUCGUAUACAUACAGGGGCUACGGUAGCAAGUGGUAUGGCUACAAGAAAGCUACAAGAGGCCUGGCCUCCUGGGAGAGCUGUCUGGAGUGGGGUUGGGGGAGACCAGGCAAAGCUAGGCAGUCUUGGCCUCAGGCUUCAGUGCAGUUGAGAAGUGGUGUGUGGGAGCAAGAAGCUGGGCCUAGAAUGAGGAGCUUUAAACUGGCCCUUAAAGUCCAGCCUCUGGCCUCUCCCAUCAGAGGCUUGAUGUUGAGGCGGUGGACAAAUGCAUUAAGGGUUUUAAUGAUUACAUUUGAAUGGUAAUAUCCAAUCCAGAAGCCUGGCACCAAUGAAGCCUGGUGAAAACACCCAAAAGAUAAACAGCAGUCUCGCCCUCACACGCUGUUAGUCCUCUCCCUAUCUCCUCCUCCAAGGUGUCCAUUGCCACCAGGGUCUUUGUGUGCAUCCAGGGAUGGUCUAUGCAUGUCUUCACAGAUUCUGCACCCACCCCUUUUUACCCAUAUGUGAGCAGCUGUCAACUCUGUUCCUUGCUUUUUCUCCUAAUAAUGUAUUUUGAAGACUGUUUUAUACCAAAACACAGCUUUAUGUGCCGUUUUUUCCCCCCUUUUGACUGCAGAGUGGUCCACCUAAUAGAUGCAUCGAAAUUUGCUUAACUAGUUAGGUUUCCCUUUUGAUAGCUAUUUGGGUUGCUCUCUCUGAUAGUGCUGCAAUGAAUUCCUCGUACAUACUUGGGAGUAUACCUCAAAUUCUGAAUAGAACUGCUUUGUCACAGAGUGGCUCUCAGUCGUACCUAACAUGGAAAUUACGUUUAUGGACACACAGACCUUUCCCUAUUCGUGCCCAAACCUACCUCGGAAAUACAUAGGGGUGGAGUUUCUCCUUUGCCUUCCUGCAUACCCCUAUACCUGUUAUGACCUUCCCCCACAGCCUGAACUCUGAAACUUGUCACUUCCUUCUACGUUUACUGGAGUCUGAAGUGGUGGAAUGGAUACUAUACAAAAUUCCACAGAGGAGGCCGUGAUACCGUAAUUUCACUUCGGUGGGUGAUCUGCUCAAGGCAAGGAAAGACAGGUUCUCACUUAAUAGAACUGCAGAUCAAUUUAGCAUUCUUUGCUUUAUAAACAAAACAGCACAAUUCACAUCUUUUUAUUAUAGCAACCAAGAGUUAGAGUGUAUUUAUCUUAAGAACUUUCAUUAUUAAGGCUUCAGAUCAUCAGAUUUCAAAGCUUCAUGUCUGUAAGAUCUGCCCCAACACAGAAAAGCUUCCUCCUUUGGUUCAAUGGUGGAUCAAAUGUCUUAACUCUCAAGGCUGUCUCAUUAACUACAGCACACCUGAAAAAAGAAAACUUACACUGGAAAGCCCUUGUCUUCUCAACGGCCAUGUUCACUUUGUCAUUUUCACCUCCUGUACCCAAAAAUGCAAGUGGGCAGCAUUUCAUUUAGGCCUUUUCCUCCCCACCACUAUUUCUGGUAUGAAAACUUGACCUCACUUUCUUCACCACCAUUUACAGGAAAGGUUAGGCACCUUGCCUGCUAGCAUCCGGUGCACCUCCCUCUCCAGGUAACCAUUAUUCCGAUUUCUAGUCAGCUAAUCAUCUCCUCGCUCCAUCCACGGAUAUUUUCCUUAAAAUAGCUUAUCCCUUUUUUGAACCAAUGAAGAUCAAUGGAGUUCUAAAGCAUGCAUCUGUGACUUUUGUUCAGUAUUACGUGUAAUAUACGCAUACUAUACUGAUACCCACAUCACCGAAGCUGUAGUUUUUCACUCCAGUCGUCUCUUGUGUGAACAGAGAUUGUUGGACACAUGGGCGUCCAGGAUGGAUAGACUGUCAACAUUGUGGCCCACCAAGCCUUACUGACGCUUGAGGCAAAAGAAACGAUCAAUCCAUCAGUAAUACUGCCUUUAUUUAAAAUCUUGAUAUUUUGUUGGGUCAUGGGUGUUUUUCUGUAUUUUUUAUUCCAUUGGCUGUUUCACACCUUUAUGAAAAAGUCACUCUCCUCCCACACUGAUCUCCAACGCUGUCUCUGAAGAGUCUUCAAAUGCCUGUUAUUCUGUGUUAAUGUAUUAAUCUGUGUUUAUAUCCCUAUUCCCGUCAGGGUUAACUAACUUCAGCUUUAUAUUAGUUAGGCCUUGACAGCUGCUAGAGCAAAUACUCCUAUUUUUCCUAAGCGUCUUGGCUAUUAUUCACCCUUGGUAUUUCCAGAAUCACCUUGCUGAACUGGAUUAACUCUCACAUUAAAAGUUUUUAAACAACUUCAAAAAUACAAUGAAUUAGCAAAGCUCUGAAAAUGUUUUCUGGUUUUAAAAAGUUCUGUAAAUGAAACACCCUGCGGUGGCUCUUUAUGUUGAAAGCUGAAUUCACUGAAGAUCUUCACAGUGUUAACCUACCAAUAGCCCUAGGCUUCUUGAAAUACUGGCUGGUUUGGUUUAUCACACAUGAGACAGAACCUGAGACCUACCACCUCAUCAGCUAUGUGAAUGUUUCUUUUCAAACCCUAAUUAUUACAUUUUGGACCACAAUGAAGAAUUUAUUUUUGCAAAGCAAGGGCAUUCACAAAAAGGCCUCCCCAGAUGAAGCUGAUUUUUAAUGAAAAAGAAAGAACUGAAUGUAUGUUUUUCUCAUAAUUGUCACUAUCAUCAAAAUAAUAAAAACAGUAAAUCAGAAACAGCUCUCCCUAAAGACAAAACACUUUCACUUCUUUUUAUAAGACCAAAACAAGUCUUAACAGGUCUACCUGAAGAGAUGAACUAAGCUUGUCAGACCUACCACCAGGAUGACAGGAUCAUCUGGCAGAUAGUGUGGAAAGCUCAUUCUGGUUCUGAUUAUGUUCAGAUACACAUCAACACUUAAACCUAUUUAAUUAUUAGUUCAAAGUAGAGUUGUUGAAGGAAUUCCCCUCUCCCAAUGAGUCACACUUCUGUGAAGGUGAUUCAAAUCCAAAUCCAGGUAGUUAAUAUUACCUUAAUGGAAUCAAACCAUCUGAGAGAUAGAUUGGGGUAGAGAUAGAUAGUCUGCUUGGCUUUCUCCCACAAAAGCCCAGAACUAAUCACAAUGUGCAAGGCUGAAACAAACACUUUUUUGGGGGUGCAAUGUAACCCAGGGCCAAAUGCUAAAGAAACUUGGCAAAUUGCAUCUAGAGAAGUAAGGCCUUCUCUAUCGCUACAACAAAUUACUUCACUAUGUAUCUUCCUCAGUAUAAAGCUGAGUGGGAUAAACUUACCACCCUCACAAACCAUUUAAUGACAAGAAAAAAAAAGAGCGACACAAUCGAAUGAAUUAAAAGUUUAAUUCUGAACCAUUUUUUAUAACCGCAUUUUCUCUUGAAGCAUUGUAUCACAGCAGGUUACAACAACUUUGGGAUAAAAGGCAACUGGUAAACUGUCCAAAACAAGGUUCCAAAUAACACCUCUUACUGAUUUACCCUACCCAUACAUAUCCCAAAUAAAGUUUUUGAUCAAAAACAUGAAAUAGAUCCACCUGCUUAUUUUAAGCAUAUUAAAAAGGAAACUAAUUGGACCAUUUUCUAUUUGUCUAUUUUAUACAAAAAGGCUACACAAUGUUACACUUUAUUCAGAUUACAAUUAUUAGAGUGAUUAUGAAUUAGUGUUCUACACCAUUACUCAAUUCUUAAAAAUUAGAAAUUGCUGUAGCAGUAUUCACUAUAACUUAACACUACGAGAGACUUAAACUAACAGUUACUGCAAAAAAAAAAAAAAAAAAAAAAAAAAAAAAAGAACUACUUCAAAGCAAGCAAAGUCAGUACCAUUACAGAUAUU